AUGACGGCUGGGGAAAUGGCAUCGUUGUUUAGUUCCGAUCGUUUGCUUGGUCUCGAAGAGAUUGAGUCAGGAUUCGAUGUGACGAAUAUGGCUUCGCGAGCUCAAUCGGAAUCUCGAUUUCGAAUAUUUGAUUUGAGCGAGACUGGUUCAAAUAAAUUCAAAGUUUCUGUGCAAGGACGAGAACGUAUUUUCAAUACUCCACUUAGUGUACAGGUUAACGGUAUCAAUAGACGCCGUGAUAUGAAUUGUGAAGAUUUGUCGAGUGACUAUACACACUUCUAUUCAAAUUAUUUCCGAUCGACAAGAAGCACCUCGACGUGGUCUGCUUUCAUAGUUGGCGGAAGUACUAGCCGUCAUGAUACCUUACGAAAAAUAGAGGAGGCCAUUAAUAAACAGUCCAAAACGGUUGCUACAUCAACUUCUUGGUUGGGCCUUUAUUCUAUUCAACUGGGACCAUCUUUCCUUCUCAAAUUUGAUCCUUUGUUCAAUGCAAGCAUGUCUGCUAUUAUCAACCAACAGCAUGCCGCCCGAACUGAAUCAGAACAAGCCCUUUACAAUAUGAUCUUAGAAACAUUUGGCACUCAUUAUGUGACAUAUGUGAUCAUUGGUGCCACCGCACACAUCUUCACUUUAAUAAACGAUGCUUACGCUAAGUCAUCGUCAUUUCAAGAAACUACGUCAGAAGUCAUCAGUAGGAGCCAUUUUUUUUUUAGCUCUUCAUAUUCAGUGGACUAUUCGCACCAAAUUCAGACGAGCGUUAGCGAAUCAUUUCGAAAAAACUCUCAAUUUUUUGUUGAAUAUAAACCACCUGCAGUAUUGGUGCCUGGUAAAACCGAAUGGCAAUCUUGGAUAGGCAGUGCUGUUUUAGCUCCAGUUGUUGUUAAUCGUACACUUGCACCUUUGUCUAAUCUAUUCUUUGAAUAUCCAGACAUUCAAGCUCAUUUAGAACGUACAGCAAACCACUACUUGAACCAUGGAAAAUAUCCAAUGAUUGCUGAACUCAAUGGAUAG